AUGUCUGAUAAUCAAGUAUUUUGGUUGAUCUCAGCACCAAACAGAACCAAUGAAGAUAUCUUUGAUUCUGUCAACAGAAAGACUGCCAAAGAGGUUAGUCUUUCUGAGAACUUCAAAUUCAAUACUCCAGCACUUAGAGUAGGAACAUUGAAUUCAUUGAUUACAUUAAAUGAUGAGUUGGCAAAGAUCGAUACCUUUGUCGAGAUGACAGCAAAGAGAAUCAGCAAACAAUUGUCGGAUUUGGUCGGAUCGAAACCAGGAAAGGAGAAGAGUCUUUCAAUCAAUGGUCACACAAUUCAACAAUACUUGUCACAAUUCAAAUGGGACGACGCUAAAUAUAAUCCAAAAUCAACUUUACAAGAGAUCGUCGAUAAGAUUUACUCUACUGCAUCAAAGUUGGACGAAGAUUUAAAGACAAAGACCUCUGAAUAUGGUGCUCUUACCACUGCUGUACAUGCCGAAGAAAAGAAAUUGAUGGGUAAUCUCCAAGUUAAAUCACUUUCAUCCAUUGUUACACCAGAGCAAUUCAUCCAAACCGAAUAUCUUACCACUGCAUUCGUUGUCGUUCCAACUAGCAAUGAAAAGGAAUUCUUGUCAACUUAUGAAACUUUCUGUGAAUACGUUCUUAUGAGAUCUGCCAAGAAGAUUCAAGGUGAUAGUGAAUAUACACUCUAUGGAGUUUGUGUAUUUAAAAAGUUUUACGAAAAUUUCAAGACUCAGUGUCUCGAGAGAAAGUUUAUUGUUAGAGAUUAUAAGACAGAGACAGAGACAAAGACACAAGAUACAUCGAAAUUGUCAGAGGAUCAAAAGAACUACAAGACUUCGAUGAUCAGAUGGUGCCGUCUCCACUUCCCAGAGGCUUUCAUGGCAUGGAUCCAUUUGAAGGCUCUCAGAGUGUUUGUAGAGUCAGUACUUCGUUUCGGUAUCCCCAUCAACUUCCAAGCCAUCUUGAUGAAACCACAAAAGAGAGAAGACAAGAGACUCAGAGACAUUUUAUUUAACGAAUUCAAAUAUUUGGGAUCUCAACACAUCGGAAAGAAUGAAGAGGAAACUUCAGAGCGUUUCUUCCCAUAUGUCUUCAUCUCCAUUGACUGGGAUGUAUAA